AUGGCCCCAGCAAGCCAAAUGAAUUAUCAAAAAGAUGAGAAAGUCCUGUGCUUUCAUCAUGAAAUCCUGUACGAGGCCAAAAUCCUCGAUACAAGACACACCGAUCCGGAUGAUCGGAAGAGCCCGUACGAGUAUCUCGUGCAUUACAAGGGCUGGAAGAACACCUGGGAUGACUGGGUUCCCCAAGAUCGACUCCGUAAAUUUACAGAGGAGAAUAGGGAACUUGCCACGACUCUCCGUCGUGAGGCUGAAGCUGCUUUUCGCCAGCGAAACACCAAGGCUGCUACCAAGAAGAGAGGAGGCUCCGAUCGCAGCUCCGCCCGGGGAAGCGAGGAGAGACAAACCUCCGUCCCUGCCCGCGGAACCAAGCGGGGUCGUGAUAAUGAGGUUGAAAAGGAGGAGAGCUUCUAUGUCCGGCCCUCAGUGAGAAUUGUGAUGCCCGACAACUUAAAGUCUCUUCUCGUCGACGACUGGGAAAAUGUGACCAAAAACCAACAAGUCGUCGCCUUACCCGCCAAAUCUUCAGUAAACCAAAUCCUCGAGCAGUAUGUCACAGAGGAGAAGGAGAAGCGCACCACCGCAGCCGAAUUCGAUGUUCUCGAAGAAGUCAUGAUGGGCAUUCGAGAGUACUUUGACAAAUCGCUCGACAAGAUCCUCCUGUACAGAUUUGAGCGUGAACAGUAUCGCGUUCUCCGAAAGAAAUGGGAGGGCUCGUCAGGAGACUUCGCGGACAAGGGGCCCCUAGAUAUCUACGGUGCUGAACAUUUGACCCGAUUGUUUGCCACAAUGCCCGAACUCAUCGCACAGACAAACAUGGACCUCCAGUCCAUCAACAGACUCCGAGAAGAACUCUCCAAGUUCACAAUCUGGCUGAGCAAAAAUUCAGACAAAUUCUUCGCCACCAGAUACAUGACAGCGAGUAACGAGUACGUCGAAAAGUCAAGAGGCGUUCCAAACCCAACCCCUGGAACAGCCACAUCACGUCUGGUCUAG